UUGGUGUUCAAGUGCCGCAGUUCACUCCGUUGCCCAAUCCCGCCGGUGUCUACCAAAACCCUAAUCCACCUCCCGGCGUGCCCGGCUCGUCCAUGCCGGUUCCGAUGCCGCAGAUGCAACCAAUGAUGUCAUAUCAGGUUCCUGGGACUAACCCUGCAGUACGUCACUAUGCUCCUAUCCCAAACGGUUACGCCAUGCAUCCACAAGGCCCUCUAAACCCUGCAGUGUCUUAUUGAAUACGAUGACAAAAAGUUGGAAGGCUUCAUAUUGGUUAAAGACACACCCCUCCCUUCUACAACUCAUUUUUUGGUAUGCAUAUAUUUGCCUAGUUUAUUGAUUGUCUUUUACUAAAAUCAUGAUUUGGAAACGAAGCUUACACAGAGUGAUCUUGAUAGUGGAAAGUUAAUUCAAAUAAAUAAAAAACAGGUUGUUCUUUUGUCGAUCUACAUAAUGUAUGGUUGUGUCGUGCUCAUUUUAGUAGGCCACUUUCUGCUAGUUAUAAGGGUACUACUUUCCCUUGAAUGGCUUUAUGAAUUCCAGAAGCCGACCAUGUUAGCAACUGAAUGCACGUUGGCCUUUUGUCAUGAGGUAUUGCAGUCUUUUCAAUUAUUUCUCUUAAUUGAAGUUUCAUUCCAUUUUUUAUGCUGCAACAUGGCUCCUUAAUUUAGAAAAGAACUUGUAAUUCAACUAGAAUUUCCUUCUUAGUAAACUAAGUGUGUAUGAGAUUAUGAAAGUUACUAUUUUCCAUUGGUGGAUGAGAUGGUUUGAGAAGCCUGCUAUGUUUCAAGUUGUCAGACAAAGGUAAGCACUUUUCUGGACAUCCAUGAAUUUCAAACUCGAUAGUAUUUUUUAUUGUUUCUUCAGGUUGUCAUUUCAGCUGGUGAUUAUUAGCUGUGCUGCCAUCUCUAUUAUGCUUUUGAUGUGUGGUAAUCGCAUUCCAUUGUUCGUCACGUUAUUUUUUCUGUCUAUAUCUUUAGUGUUGUAUAUAUUUUAUUUGUUUAUGUGUACACUCGCUCAUGAUCUGCUCUAAUAUAUUUGCAUAGAUGUUUUUUGCCAUGUACAGGAAUUCCUCGUUAUCCACCUCCAUAUGGAACUAUGGUUCGUCCUGUAUAUCCUCCACGCCUUCCUGGAACAAUCAACGUGCUUCCAGUUUCACGGCCACCUGUUGCAGGGAUCCCUUUAAUUCGCCCUGUUAUUCCUCCUAUUGUCAGACCUGUGGUUCUUCCUAGUGUUACUCCGGCUGAGAAGCAACAUACCACCGUUUACAUUGGCAAGAUUGCACCAACUGUGGAAAACGAGUUCAUGCUUUCUCUGCUUAAAUUAUGUGGGAAUAUCAAGAGCUGGAAAAGACCUCAGGAUUUAUCAAGUGGGACUCCUAAAAGUUUUGGGUUUUAUGAGUUUGAUACUGCUGAAGGGGUUCUCCGUGCUUUACGUCUCCUUACCAAAUUGAACAUUGAUGGGCAAGAACUAAUGAUCAAUGUAGAUGAAGCUAUGAGAAACUAUCUGGAGCGGUAUGUACAGAAAAAAACGGAGAGUUCAAAGGAAAAGGAAACUCAGGCAGCAGAAGCUGAAAAAGAUGAAGUUGCAAAACCUUCUGAUGUAAAUGAGGAUGCAAAGCCUGAUCCGGAUCUCUCAAAUAAGGAAGAGGGUAAUGUUUCAGUGAAAAAGAAAUCCCAUGAUGUGGCAACUUUUGGGAUUGUUACGGAUGAAGAUAGGGAAGCUGAUCGAGACACUUUAGAAAAGAUCAAGACAAUGAUAGAGGAGAGGUUGAAGACAAGACCUUUGCCUCCACCACCUCCGCCGCCAAUUCGUGAUGGUUCUGUGGAUUCAUUUUCCGAACAACCUACUAAAACAAGAGAAGGUGACUCUGAUGUGGACACAAAGAAGAGUGAAGCAGCUGAAGAUAAAAAUGAGAGAGAUGCAAAUGGUGAUAAUAAGCCCACAAGUGAACAUGAUAGACCUGAAACCCCCGACAGAAGGCAUGACAGGAAAAGCAGGGAGAGAGACCGAGAAAGGGAGCUGAAACGAGAAAAGGAAAGAGAACUUGAGAGAUAUGAAAGAGAAGCUGAGCGGGAACGUAUUCGGAAAGAGAGGGAACAAAAACGAAGGAUUGAGGAGGUUGAGCGUCAGUUUGAAGUAUAUUUGAAGGAUUGGGAGUAUAGGGAAAGAGAGAAAGAGAAAGAACGUCAAUAUGAAAAGGAGAAGGAGAAGGACAGGGAACGCAAACGAAGAAAGGAAAUACUUUAUGAUGAAGAGGAUGAUGAUGGGGAUUCUAGGAAAAGGUGGCGCAGAAAUGCGAUAGAGGAGAAGAGAAAGAAGAGGCUGCGAGAAAAGGAAGAUGACCUGGCCGACAGACAAAAAGAAGAGGAGGAAAUUGCUGAGGCCAAGAAGAGGAAUGACGAGGAUCAACAACUGAAGCGACAGAGAGAUGCAUUGAAGCUGUUGACAGAGCAAAUUGUAAAUGGUGGGGAUGAAACUAUGACUACCAGAGAAAUUACUAGUGAAAUAAAGAAUGUUAUUACUGUACAAGAUACUGUAGCUGAUUAUAGUCAUGAAGAUCAUAUUGGUGAUUUUUGUGAUGGUAAUGUACUAAAUACUAUCAAUGAUGAAUCAGCCAUGGCAUCAGUAGCCACAAGUGAUACACAGUCUAGUGGAAAUGCUCCUAUGAAGAAGUUGGGAUUUGGUUUGGUUGGAUCUGGAAAAAGAACAACCGUCCCUUCUGUUUUCCAUGAGGAUGAAGAUGAUGAUGCACACAAGGAUAAAAAAUUGAGGCCUUUGGUUCCAAUUGAUUACUCAACAGAGGAAUUGCAGGCUGUUGAACCUACUGCUUCUGGGCCAACACCACCCAAUUUGGCUGCAGCUGCAGAAUUCGCCAAGCGUAUAUCUAGUACCAAUUUCAAGGAAGAGAGGCUGGAUGGAGAAAGGGAUAGAAGUAGGCAUUCACAUGAAAAGUCUAACCACCGGGACAGGGAUAGGAGUGAUGAAGACGGCACUCACCACAGAGAUGAACACAGGGAGAAAAAUUCUGACCGUGACAGGGAUCGAGAUCAUGGGUUGGAGAAAAAUAAGACUUACGAUAACAGGAGGCUCUUGGACGCAAAACAGUUAAUUGAUAUGAUACCAAAGACCAAGGAGGAGUUGUUCUCAUAUGAAAUAGACUGGGCGGUGUAUGACAAGCAUCAACUACAUGACAGAAUGAGACCUUGGAUUUCAAAGAAAAUCAAAGAGUUUUUGGGAGAAGAAGAAAAUACUCUGACAGACUAUAUUGUUUCCAGUACACAAGAACAUGUGAAAGCAUCUCAAAUGCUAGAGAGUCUUCAGGUCAUUUUAGAUGAAGAAGCUGAAAUGUUUGUUCUCAAAAUGUGGAGGAUGCUUAUCUUUGAAAUAAAGAAGGUGGAGACAGGGCUUGCUUUGAGGUCUAAAUCAUGAAUGGUUGGUUGUUGUAUGUUCCACACUUUCCCUUUUCUGCUGGAUUUAUGUUCUUACAACCAUCACUUUGUAUGCAGCUGGCUGCCUUAAAAUAUAAGAUUGCGGCAUUAUAGUGUACCAUUUUCAGUCUGUAUUACUUCAAGAUUGAAAUAGUUAUCUUGAUAAGCCCCUGUUUUCUUUAUUUGUGAGAAUCCGGUGGCAAUUUUUAUCAUGUGAAUAGUCAGAACUUUGAAUUGUUGAUGACUGUCGUAGACUAUUUAUUUUCUUUCUGUUUUGUUUUGGUUUUAAAAGAACAGUCCUCUAUUAGAAGAUGUAAUUCCUUCCAAUAUGAAUCAAUCAAGAUGCAGUAUUAAGCUGUCAAA